AACAUUAUACGGCUAUGCAGUGCAAUUUUCAUUUAAUAAUGUAUUUCCUGCAUUCUUUUUUAGUUUCGAAAAUCAUUGAAAGCAAUAAUUAAUGGUUUGUCCCUACAUAAAAACGUACCUUGAACUGAUGUUCGUUUGUUUUGUGUAUUGAAAUAGUCAGAUUGUUUUAUAGUCUACGAAAGAAUCCUAUUUGUAAAGCAAUGUUUAAAUAAAGAUUAACAUUAUUUGUAUAUAUAUAUAUGUCAUCUGUAAUUGAUAAACUUGGAAUUACUGUAUUAUAACCGGUUAUGAUUAAGAAAAUUCCGAAAUGAUUUCCAAAACUGUGUGCAUUACACAGGAAGGUCCAGCAAAUGCAUUAGCACUUAACAAAGAUAAUAGUCAAGUUGUUAUAGCUGGACGUAAUGUUUUCAAAAUAUUUACAUUGUUAGAAGAUAGAUUUGAAGAAGCUUGUAAUUUGCGAGUUGGAAAGAAUUUGAAUUUAAAUUUUUCUUGCAAUGAUGUUGCUUGGAAUCUCAUUGAUGAUCAUAUAUUAGCAACAGCUGCUACAAAUGGUGCAGUAGUAGUUUGGAAUUUGAAUAAGGCAUCUAGGUCCAAGCAAGAACAUGUUUUUAUUGAUCACAAAAGAACAGUAAACAAAGUAAGUUUUCAUAUGACAGAACCUAUGUGGCUAAUAUCUGGUUCUCAAGAUGGUACUAUGAAAUGUUUUGAUUUAAGAAUAAAAGAAGCCACUAGAACUUUUUAUAGUAACACAGAAUCGGUACGCGAUGUACAGUUCUGUCCACAUUCACCGCAUACUUUUGCUGCUGUUUCUGAAAAUGGCCAUGUACAACAAUGGGACUUACGUAAACCGGACAGGUACUUUCAACAUUUUACUGCUCAUAGCGGUCCCAUAUUUGCUUGUGAUUGGCAUCCUGAAACUACCUGGCUUGCAACUGCUUCCAGAGAUAAAACUAUUAAGGUUUGGGACUUAUUAGGUAAGCCUAGUUGCGAUUACGUUAUACAUACGAUAGCAUCGGUAGGUCGAAUUAAAUGGAGACCGCAAAGAAAGUACCAUAUAUCCAGCUGUGCUCUUGUCGUGGAUUGCAGUAUAAACGUAUGGGAUAUCCGCAGACCGUAUAUACCUUUUGCAAGUUUUAAUGAACACAAAGAUGUUCCAACUGGUGUAGCAUGGAGAGGCAGUCCUCACUCCUUCUUAUCGACUAGCAGGGAUUGUACAUUAUAUCAUCACGUGUUCAAAGAUGCUACUAGACCAGCAAGUAAAGCAAAUCCACAAGGUAUUGCAUUGAAUCCAAAAGGAGAUAUCGCGUACGCGUGUAAAGUAAAUGUUCAUGUUCAAACGACGAUGAAACAAUUGACUAACAUAAUGAGGAAAACACCAGCGACAAACGAUACUUUUUGUAUAGCAUCGAGUGUUAUGCAUAGAUUUUCCAUAAACAUGCCACGAGAACCAAAGUGGUUUAAAGCUUGCGCUGAGGGUUACUUACUUUCUGGGAGAUUAAAUGACAUUUGUGAUCAUAAUGCUACUGUUGCUAGAAAUGCCGGUAGAAAUGAUAUUAGUACAGUAUGGAGUAUCAUAAAAACUUUGUAUGCGAAUCCUAUGGGUUCUAUUUUAAAAACACCCCCAACUGCUUCUAAAGAAGAUAUAGUGAAUACAUUAAAUUUAGCACAGAUCACAAUAGCACCCGGUAUGGAUCAGUCAAGCGCAGGUCACGAAAACGAUGUAAAAUCCUUACAAGGAGAAGUAACCGGUGCAACUAGCGGAGGCGAUGAUGAGACCGAGACGGACGAAACACCGGAAAAUCAACAUUCUAUAGGGUCAAUGUUACCUAGUUACAAACGAGCAUUUAUUGAUCACAAAGGACCGUCUAAGGGUGACUUUUUAUUUGGAGAAAGCGAAUUCGAACCGAUGACAAUGGAAUACACUUCUAGUUAUAUGCAUAAUAUAAUGGCCAACGAUAACGAUUGGACGUUAUCUAAGGAAGCUUUUCCAUUGCGACACGAAAUAAAAGAUAGAUCUCCACCGCCAGAACAAUUCCCUAAUCAUCCACCGGAUAUUAACGAAGAUUGCGCUUCGUUAAUGAUCGAGGAUCAACCGAGCCAAUUAAUUGUUUCGAAUAUCCCUAAACCACAAUUUUGGGAUCCUACGAACUUAAUUGAAGAAGCUUUAAAACACCACGCGGCUCUCAGGGAUAUACAGACUUCUGCAUCGAUCCUAAUCGCGCUAGGAGAGAAACGAAAAGGCUUGAAUAUUGAAACUGCUGUCCAAGAACAUUGGAUACUGGAGUAUUUAGAUAUGCUUGCGAGGUUUAAGCUGUGGAACGUUGCUACACAGAUAAUUCAGUCGGUCUGGAUUCCAUCUGUAUCACAGUUGAAUCAGCAAUCGACGGUAAUACACGCUUGUUGUUUAACUUGUACAAAGCCAUUGCAAAGGGCAGCGUGGUUCUGUGAUCGAUGCCAUUCCUCUCACCAUGCACUCUGUUCUGUUUGUCAUCAGGUUGUUCGAGGGAUAUACGUGUGGUGUCAAGGAUGUACGCACGGAGGUCAUGUUGUUCACAUGAACGAGUGGUUUAGCUGUAAUCGACAAUGCCCAACGGGUUGUGGUCACAUGUGCGAGUAUACUUAAAAAUUUAUGGCAAAGAUCACGAUGUUUUACUGUUCUGAGCUUCGCUCGUAUUUCUCAAGGUUUGUAAAAUUUAUGACUGUAGAAACUUGAUUUAUGAGUGACCGAAUCAGAAGGGGGAUUAAAUUAUUUAUUGACUAUAUUUUUGUAAUUUAUAGAGUAAGACCUGUAAUUCUAAGGUAUUACAUGUUUUCUUCUUGCAGUACAAAUUUUACAAAAAUAUAUGUAAACAUUAGCAAACAGUGUAGUUCUUCUUAAGAGCCAGUAACAAAAGGCAUACGCAGAUCGACGUUAUAUCACUUCCGUUUCUCGGUUGUAAUGUACCGAGAAAAUUUUCAAAAACUAUUAAAAUGUACGAAUACUUAUCACAGGAAGGAUCGAAAAAAGUUAAUAGAAAAAUUGUUUAACUAUU